AUGAACCUUUUUUUUUUACUAUGUUUUUCAUUCCCUUUUUUUUUAAAUUCAAAAAUAAAAUGCAUUUAUUCAUAUUCUUUUACAACGGAGAGCAGCUGUUUUAAAAAUGUGUGGAAGAAGUUGAAGGGAUUGUUUGUAGACAAGGAAGUGGAGAAGGAAAGGAACAUAAUAACGUAUAAUUUUAUAAAGCACAAUAGUUAUAGCAGUAGCCGUUAUCGUAGUAGUGAUUAUCGUAGUAGUGAUUUUAGCAGUAGUGAAUAUAGCAGUAAUGAUUAUAGAAGUAGUGAUUAUAGAAGUAGUGAUAGUCAUAAUGAAAAGUAUUACCUAGAUGGUAAAGGUAAAUGGGGGAGAAUAGGAUUCGAAGUAAGGCACGUAAAUCGGUUAAUUUAUAUUAACAAUUUUAAAACGUACAUAUUAAGUGCAUACAUUCCGUAUAUCUAUAUGAGUGUUAGAGAUAUCUAUAUCGUUUUAAAAAAAAUAAAAGAAUUAAAUUUCAAUACAGUGUACACUUUUUUAUUCUGGCCAGAAAAUGAAUAUUUAGAAGACCAUUAUGAUAUUAGUAAUUCUAAACUUUUCUAUUUAUUAAAUUUUUGUGCGUCUAAUGGACUGUUUGUUAUAUUAGAUAUAGGACCAUUUAUAAACAACAUUUACAAUUCUAAUAUACCUCCGUACGUUUUAUUUAAUAAAAAAGUUAAUGAUUAUAUUAAUAAUAUAUAUAUCAAAAAGAGAAAAAAAAAAAUUAAAGAAUAUUUCCCAUGCAACUUGUGGAAAGAGAGAACAAAAUUAUCUUUAAAUGAUUUUUUGAACAAUAUGAAAAGACAAAACUUAGAGAGAGUAAUAGAUAAAAAGAAAAUUUUAUAUAGUAAAGGAGAAUACUCAUACAAUAACAUUUACAGCUUAUAUUAUUUUCAAAGGGUUAUAAAAUGGUUUAACUACAUUUUACCAAAGUUAAAAAAAUAUACGAAUAUAAAUAAUGGGCCAGUUAUUUAUAUCAAUAUAGACAAAACGUUUGAUAACUAUUAUAUGUAUAUUAUAAUUGAUUUGAAGAGAAAGGGGUAUUUUCAAAAUAUUUGCAACUUGGAAAAUUAUUACAAUAAUUCUGAGUCUUCUUCCACCUCAUCCCAUUCAUCCACCUCAUCCUAUUCAUCCACAUCAUCCAUUUCUCCCUCUUCUCUUUUAACAUGUGUAGUGAAUUUUUUUAAAAGAAUAAGAAGAAGUUAUAUAUUAACGGUAGGCUAUUUUUUAUACGUACGAUUUAAUAGAUAUAUUAGAGCUAUUAAUGAAUAUGAAUUAGGGUUAAUAUACGUUAACGAAAUUAACAAAUUAGUUCAAAAACAUUUCAGUAAAAUAAAUAUAUUAACAACAAAUUAUCCUUAUAUUAAGGAUGACUUCAUUAAUUCUUAUGCAGGUAAUAACUGUUAUAAUCAUUUUUUAAAUAAUAAUUGGUUUGAUAAUGAAUGCAUAAAAUUAAACAAACCUUGCAUAUGGUCUCAAGUUUGGACAGGUGCAAAAUAUAGCAUACAUAAUGUUAACUCCAUAAAUACUUUCAGGACAAAAUUUACGGAUCCAACUACCUACGAGUUGGCAGCAUGGUCAUCAAUGGAAGCACCAUCAUCCGUGGAUACAUUGGACCCCAUAUCAUCACGUGUUGUUAGUGAAUCUACGAAUGAAAGAGAUAAACAUGUAAAACCAGAUGGGGGCAAAGUUCAGAGUGAAGAGAAAAAAGUUAGUGAGCCCUUCAAUACAUUAUGUAAGGAUGAUAAGGAGAGAAAACGUCCGAUGGAUGUUAUCAACAAUCAUACGGAUGGGGUACAAAUCGAGUCGGAGGAAAGAGAGGAAGAAGAGGAAGAGGAAGGAGUGCAUGCUGAUAGUGAUAGUAAUGGUCAGGAGGGUCAUAAGACAGAUAAUAAACGGGAAAAAGUGAUAUCAAACAAAUCGGGAAAAGUAGGCAACGUAGACAAAGUAGGAGAAAUAAGUGUUGGCCUAAAAAAGGCGAAGAGUUCUUAUAAUAAUUAUAUAGGACAUAUCCGGAACUUCAAAGAUUUAACAUUCAACAUUUUAAUAUUUUUAGCGAAAGGUGGUGUGUUCAUAAACAUCUUCCCCUUUUAUAGUGGGAGUAAUAUAAAUAACACACACACUUAUUUAGAACAUUAUAGCAAAGAAACAGGUCAACCGUUGGAUGUAUAUUUUAAUCAAAAAGAACCUUUAUAUUCUCAUAUUAAAAAAAUUUUUAAAUUUCUUUAUAAAUAUGGUCAUUAUUUAUUAAAAUAUGAACAUUAUGUGAGUCAUAUAAAAAUCUCAGCAAAUAUAGAAAUGUAUGAUUAUGAUGUUAUUAAAAUAAUUUGUAAUCAUAAUAUUAAAGGAAGUAGUUUUGUUAAAAUUGGUCAUAUCAAUUAUAAUAUUAACAGUUUUAGCUGUAUUAUAUAUAAUGAAUAUAAGAAAAAAGUAAUUUAUGAUACAUCUUUUAAUUAUAAUUAUGAAUUUUCCUACAUAAAUAAAAAGGAAUCCUAUGCUCCUAUUGACAAAUAUUUAUAUUCGUUUGAUGUUGUAAAUGCAGGACCUUUAAUGUGCUUAAGAGAAGAAGACGAGCAUGAAAAUGAGAAAGAGGAUGAUGAUAAUGAGGGAAAAAAAAAAAAAAAAAAAAAAAAAAAUUAUGGAAAAACUAGUUUAAUGUCAAAAAAUAUUAUUAAGCAUAUGAACAUUUUUCCGAAUUUUUUUCCAAAUAAUCAUUUACAUUCAGUUUACGAAAUAAAUGUGCUAAAUCAUUUUUAUGUAACCUUAGAUAUUUCAAAAUUUCAUUGGUACAUAAUAUCAUUGAAGGAUAAAGUGAACUAUGUGAAAUUAUUCCUGAGUAAUUAUAGCUUAUAUGUAUAUGUAUUUGCCGACAAUAAUUUUAUAUAUGCAGGAUUUAAUGAGUAUAAAUAUGUUGAAAUAGUAAAUGCUAAAAAUAUUUAUAUAAUUUGUGCUAAUUUAGGUUUGGGUUUUCCUAACCAAGAUAUUCGAACGGAUUUUCUCCAUCACAUCAAUUUAAAUCAAUUAAAAAAUGAUUAUCAUUUUUUUAAUAAUGAAAACAGCCAUAAUAACAUGAAAAAAAAGAAUGAAAAUUCUAAGUCGACUGGGCAAAGAGGCAACAGUGGCUUGAAUGCGCAGAAACACGAACACACACACACACACACAGAAAUACAUACACACAGAGAUAUACACAUAAACACACGAGCACAGAAUGAGAAGUGGAAAAAAAAAGAAAAAAAAAAGAACAAUAUCAUGAACAGUUCAGGUGAAAAUCCAAAAAUAAAUGAAAAAAGAAAAAAUGAAAAUAACGGAGUUGUGAAUAAUGAAAAAAGUGAAAACGGGAAAGAAGUCGAACCAGAAGUAGAACUGAAUGUGGAGACGCAAGAAGAUGGUGGGAAGGACUGGGGAAAAAAUUUAAGCAAGGAUAAUAAAAAUAAGAAGAAUGAUAACAAUAUAUUUGCGGAUUUGAUAUAUGGCAUGAAUGAUACUUCAAAAAUAUGUGCGAAUGAAAACUGUGGUGGUGGUAUGUUUGAUGAAAAUGAACAAAGCAUGCAUAAUUAUUAUGAGAAUGAAAGUACAAACACGUAUAUAUAUAUUGUUACGAGAAAUGAUUAUGAUAUAUAUAACUGUGUUGGUGUAAGUGGAGAAAUAAUAAAGAAUGAGAAAAAUUUAGAUAUAUAUAAAAAGAUGUAUAAUAUGGUUGAUUAUAGUUUUAUUAAAUUUUAUUUAAAGAAUAAAACAUUCAAUUCUUUUGAGAAGAGUAAGGCAAGUAAAAAUGGUUCACAAAAAAAUACUGGAAAUAGUAAGGAUAUUCAAAUAAACGUCGAAAGCAAGGGUAAAAAUGUUCAUCAGGAAGAAAAUAACAAAAAUAGUAGGGUUACCAAUAAAUGUAAUACUAACAAUAUGGAUUACAAAAUUUUAGGUUAUAAUAAUAUCAUUUCUGAAUCUCCAUUGUCCAAUAAAAAAAAUGAAAUGAAAAAUAUUACGAAAGCAUUUUUAAAAAUGUGUAAAUCAAGUUUUUUUUUUUCCUUUUUUUUUAAUAAAAUAAAAUAUUAUUGUAAAACUGGUAUAUUUAAAUAUUUAAAUAGAUUUAGUAAGGUAAAUAAAAAUACCAUAAAUUUACCCCUAACUUGGUAUACUUUAUUAUUUUUUAUUAAAAAUGUCGAUUUUAUAAGAUCUAAAUACUCUUUAAAAUUAUCUGCUUAUGAUAUCGAAACAAAUAAAAUAGAUGGACUAUUUAGAGGGUUUGUUUAUAUUAAUAAUCAUAUAUUAGGCAGUUUUUGGAUAACGGACGAUAGAGAAAGCUAUGAAAAUGAAAUAAAUGAAGAAAUAAAAUUUGAAAAAAUAAAAAAAAGAAAAAAAGGAAAAAAGAAAUUUUUAAAUAAUGAAAAUUUGGUUAAUAUACCGUUAACAAGAUAUAUGAGAAUACCAACAGACUGGUUAGUUGAAGGAACAAAUGUUGUCAUAAUUUUUGAUGAAUAUGGAGGUAAUCCAUACAAAGUAGAAAUAGUUAGGGAAGUGUUACAUGGUGGUGUAUAUAGUUUAACUAAGAAAGAGAAAUAUGUUAAUUGGCUUUUAUUUCUUUUUAUUUUAUGUUUUAUUAUUUUUAUUACUUACUUUUUUUUUAAGGCAUUACAUAAUCACUUUAAGACUAAGGAAGAAAAGGAGAAAAACAAACAAAAUUACCAAAAUAUUAUUGAAAAUAUUAUAACACAUAAUAUUUAUGUAAGUAGUUCAUACGAUGAUGCUACUGAAGAUACGAAUACUGAAAAUAUUCAAAAUGUAAGCGACUUUUUGGAAUCAUAA